AUUCUCGUCACAACUCGCAAUGUCAAGGUAUCAUCUAUGAUGGAGAGACUUCCCAUGCACAGGCAUGAUAUGCAGAAGCUAUCUGAUCAUGAAUGUUGGUUGAUAAUUGAGGAUACUAUUCUCAGAUCUUCCAUAGAAACUUCAAUACCUUCGGAUUUAGAAGGUAUUGGACAAGAUAUUGCAAAACAAUGUGGAGGGUUGCCAUUAGUUGCAAGUGUCAUGGGAGGAACAUUGGGUAGUGAAAUUUCUGCUGAUAGGUGGAAGGAGAUUAGAGAUGAUAAAGCAUGGAUAUCACAAGAUGAAAAUAAUAAGAUAUUAUCCAUAUUGAAAAUAAGUUUUGAUCGUUUGUCUUCACCUUUGAAAAAGUGCUUCUCUUAUUGUUCAAUUUUUCAGAAGGAUUGUGUUAUCGGAAAAAAUGAUUUAAUUCAACUCUGGAUGGCUCAAGGUUUUCUCCACAAAUCUACUAGCCUUGCGACAAUGGAGGAUAUAGGCAACCACUACUUCAAUGAGUUGUCCAAUUGUUUAUUCCAAGAUAUUGAAUGUGAUUUUUGCAAUAUUGAUGAGAAUUCUACUAUUCAACAUUUGAGAGUUGAGUAUGAUGGAGAGGUUCUUCCAACCAUUCCAAGGAGUAUUGCUCAAAGGUUGCAUUCAUUAUUUUCAAAUGUUGAUGUUUUCUGUAGCAUGGCAUUAGAUCUUAGAAACUUACGAUUUUUAAAACUAUUAAAGGGAGGUAAGAAGAUAGAGUUGACACCUUCACUCAACAAAUUGAAGCAUUUGAGGUACCUUGAUGCCUCAGAAACAAGCGUCAAACUUGAGGCAUAUAUAUUCUUAUCCCCCAUUCUAUGUCUCUACUCAACAGUUAACUUCCCUUCAAACAUUAUCAAAAUUUUGUGUGGGUACAAAAAAGGGAUAUGGGUUGAAGAAAUUGGAUGCUUAAACCAGUUAAGAGGAGAACUAGCAAUUUCCCAUCUUGAUUGUGCAAGAUCCAAAUUCGAAGCCUCUAAAGCAAACUUGAGAGAAAAAAAAUUGUACAAAUUGGAAUUUACAUGGAAUGUAGACAGAAAAGGCAACAUCAAUGAUGAAGAGGUUAUAGAAAGUCUUGAACCUCACUCAAAUUUGAAAAGCUUAACCAUUGAGAACUACCGAGGAAAGAACUUCCCAUCAUGGUUAGUGAGAAGCAUCGGUUGUUCUGGUUCUUCAUUUCUUCUCAACAACUUGGUGGAGUUGAAAUUAUUACAUUGCUAUGAAUGCACGUGUAUUCCAAGUCUGGGACUAUUGCCUAGUCUCAAGGUUCUUCACAUUGAUUAUAUGACACAAGUAAGAAAAAUGGGUCACAAGCUUUAUGUGAGGAAUCAAUCCACUGGGGUAGAAUCAAUCACAUUGUUCCCAGCUUUGAAGAAACUCAAGAUGUGGCACUUGAAAAAGCUAGAGGAAUGGGUUGAAGUUGAUGAGGAUACAGCGGCAGGAGGCGAAGUUGAGAUCGUUUUUCCUGGCCUUGAGGAGUUGGUUAUUUUUGAUUGUCCAGAGUUGAAGAUUUGGUCCAUGGGUGGAUUUUCAUCCAAUCAUAAGCUCUCUAAUUUGAGUAUAUGGGAGUGUCCGAAUCUGAUGGUCAUUCCAAACAUAGAUGGGCUGUCAUCUCUUAAAAGAAUAGAGCUUGGAGGCUGCAAGGAAUUACCAACUGGGCUUGGAUCUUGCAUUUCUCUCCAGGAGUUGAUUAUUUACAAUGUGCCCAAUCUAAUCUCUAUUCCAGAAGAUGUCGGAAUACUGCAUUCUCUUACUUCUUUGACUAUUCAAAAUUGUGAUAAAUUGAGAAUUCAGGAGUUCUUAGGCGGCCUCACAAUUAGCUUGAAGGAGUUGCGUGUGGGUCCUUUUUGCCGAGACUUGGAGGAAUUUCCAUUACCAAGACUCAAUUCUAUUGCCUCCCUCGAAUCUUUAGCAUUGUGGGGAUGGGAUAAACUAAAGUCUCUGCCACAUCAACUUCAACAUCUCACUGCCCUCAAGAAAUUGGAAAUAUACUCAUUCAAGGGAGUGGAAGCUUUGCCAGAAUGGUUGGGAAACCUCUCUUCAAUUCGGCGGCUGGAAAUUCGGUAUUGCCCGAAUUUGAUGUGUCUGCCUUCUCUUGAAGCCAUGGGACGCCUCUCCAACUUACAACUUCUUUAUGCUUGGGAUUGUCCCAAGUUAGUGGAAAGAUGCGCCAACAAGAGCGGCUUUGAAUGGUCCAAGAUUUCCCACAUUCCCAAUAUCAUAAUAGGUGAUAUCGAGCAAGGCGAACCCUGGAGGUGCUAGCUUACCUGCUCCGAAACCAAAAUCUUGAAGAACUGAGGGUGAUUUUCUGAUAGGGUACCCACCCAGAUAAAUGUCGCCUCCUUUGAAUUGUUGAUGCUCACAAACAGAUUUAACUAUUUCAGAUGCAAGUAUAAACAUCCUUCUUUGCUCAUCAAAGUUUCAAAUUGUCUAGGAUUGCAAAUUAGUUAAGUGAAUUCGCUUUGCAGAUGUAGCUUGUUAAAUUAAAAAGCUUAAUUUAGUUGAUGAGCACUGCAGCUUUACUAGUAUAAAUGUUGGCAAUAGUU